AUGCAGCUCCUCAGGCAGCUCCUCCUUCUGCCUCUCUUUACUGCUCUGGCUCUCACUGAAGGCAACUCAAUAGAAUUCACAGGGGUGCCUCGCUGUGGGGCUUCACUUCAUCAGCCCAACAAAGCAUUAAGGAUUCAACUAAAUGCAAAUGCAAGCUGCAUCUGGAAAAUCCAGAGGGAUGCAAACCAAACAAUUAGGCUCAUUUUCUCCUAUUUUAAAUUUGCUCCUUCUUCAAGCUGUGAAUCAGAAAGCAUUAAAGUGUUUGAUGGUCCCUCCACUGAUUCACCUCUUCUUGGGCAAGUGUGUGAUGGCACAGAUGCAGUCCCAGUGCUUGAAUCAUCCUCAGACAGUUUAACUUUUCUCAUAACAACCAACUCUGAGGCUUUCACACAGAACUUCUUUGUCUACUACUACUUCUUUCACCAGGGAACUGAAAAUUGUGGGGGGCAAUUAACUGGUCCCAAUGGGACAUUCAGCAGCCCCAACUACCCAGCACCUUACCCUCAAUUCAGACACUGUGUCUGGCACAUACAAGCACCAAGAAACUCAAAGAUAAACUUACAGUUCCAGGAUUUUUUCCUGGAGUUGGACAGAAACUGCCAACUUGACUUCACAGCAGUCUAUGAUGGGCCCACCACAGACUCUGGAUUACUGGGGAAAGUGUGUGGCCGUGCCCAGCCCACAUUUGAGUCUUCCUCAAACACAAUGACAGUUGUGCUGUCCACAGAUGACACCAACUCCUACAGAGGAUUUUCAGCUCAGUAUUCCAGUGUUCCCCUGCCAGGUCCCACGGAGCCCAACACAACCCUUACAUGCUCUCCAUACAGCAUGAAAAUUGUUCUGAGCAAGUCUUACCUGGCCUCCCUUGGCUUUAGCGAAGCUGACCUGCAGCUGAAUGAUCCAUCUUGCAGACCAGUUGUAACAGAUCCAGUGAUCUUCUCCUUCCCAUUGGCCAGCUGUGGAAUAAUUAAAAAGGAUGAAGGUCACAGGAUCACUUACACCAACACCAUCUCCCUGGCUCCAGCUGGCAGCACCAUCACCCGCCAGAGGAGCACCAUCAUUGCUCAGUGCAGAAUGAAGAACAACGAAAACCGAGAAAUCAUCACCACAACAAACAGUGCCAUGCAGAAGCUGACUGCCAGGGGGAGGUACAACAUCACCAUGGCCUUCUACCAGUCAGAUUCCUUCUCCAAGCCCAUACAAUACGCCCCAUACUACGUAGACUUGAACCAAACUCUCUUUGCUGAAGCGACUCUUCAUUGCACUGACCCAAAUCUCCAGGUGUUCAUUGAUACCUGCACAGCAUCUCCAGAGCCUGAUUUUGGAUCGCUGACAUACGACUUGAUCAGGAGUGGCUGCAAUAAAGAUGACACUGUGGUAACCUACCCAGCAUUUGAAAACCACGGAAGAUUCAAAUUUCGGGCCUUCAGGUUCCUGCAGAGCUUCCCAUCAGUUUAUCUGCAGUGUGACAUUGUGAUCUGUGACAGCAACAACACCAACUCUCGCCGUGCCAGAGGCUGCAUCUCCAGGCAGAAGAGAGACAUCUCUCCAUACACAUGGCAAACUAACACUGUAGUGGGGCCCAUCCGCCUGAAAAGAGAUCUCAGGGCUGCUGAGCACUCAGAAUCCCUCACUGAAGUGGAACCUGAAAAAACACCAAACCUGCAACAAUACAACUUCUACACUCUGGCAUUUGUGGUUUUAAUUUCAAACAUUCUCACUGUGGUAGCUGUGACACUGAAACAUCACAAACACCAGGCAGGACACAGCUAUCAAAAUGUCCAGAGCCCAUUUUAACUACUUCUGGAGAUUUCUGUUUAGUGUCAACUGAUACUCGUAUUUGUCACCCAGAGAGGUAAGAGGGAAAAAAAAAAUCAUUAAAUUAACAGCAUUGGAACUCAACAACACUCAAAAAUCCAUUUCAACUUCUUCUGUUACCAAAUAAAAAAUCCAAGCCCAAAAACCUCUCAACUUAGUACUCUCUGAGUCACUGAGUUGAAAAAGUGUGUCUACCUCAGGAGAGACUUUAUACCUUCACAGGCAUGAAGAACAAGAUAAUUAAGA